ACGAUUCGUAAACAGUGAGUGACUGAGGGAGUGUAGAGGGAGUAAACCCUUAAAAAACACCAUGGAUUUAUCACCGAAAUUCUCAUUUAUUGGUGUUGUACUUCUACUUUAUAUCCUCUGCACUUCAGGACUACCUCAGGAAUAUUCCAAAAAGGAGUUGUUUAUAGGGUAUCUUCGSCGAUUUACUUCGCAUUUGAAGCCAGAAUUGGAAUGUGACGCUUGCAAGGCUCUCUCAGAAGUUGCGCAAAUUGCCUUUAAAACUAAACCAACUCAAAACGACAUCGCUAAAUUCCUCACUAAACUUUGUAUUAAGCUAAAGAUUGAAGAUAACAGAGUUUGUACUGGCAUUAUUCAAGAAUUUAAGGGAGAAGUCUUGACUGUUUUUGACGAGUUUUUUCUGAGUCCUGACGAAGUCUGCGGGUUGAUAUUCGGACCAUCUUGUGCCAAGAAACCGAAUCCUGAUAUUUUCUGGAACGUAACCUUUCCUAAAACUCCUAAACCUCCAGUUCGACCUAUUCCACCACCGAAGCCUGGCUCACCUGUGAUGAGAGUACUACAGAUCUCUGACAUACAUUAUGAUGCUCUAUACAAAGAAGGGGCUGCAACAAAAUGUGGGGAACCUCUAUGCUGCCGAAAGAAUGACCCCACCCCAGCUCCAGGAAAGCCAACUGCAGGGAAAUAUGGAGAUUAUAACUGUGAUACCCCACUCAUCACCCUUGAAAACAUGUUGGAACACAUCAACAAUACUCRCAAGAUUGACUAUGUUAUGUGGACUGGGGAUAUACCAGCUCAUAAUGUUUGGAACCAAAGCAGAUCUGACCAGCUUSAUGCAUUGGAUGCAGCAGUGAAGUUGUUGCUGAAAUACCUUCCUGGGGUAAAGAUAUACCCUGCACUUGGCAACCACGAGGGUUCUCCUGUUAACAGCUUUCCGCCACCAGAAAUAACUGGGCCAGACUCAAAUGACUGGCUUCGAGRCUCUCUCGCAACUCACUGGGGUUUCUGGUUGCCUGACUACACAAUGUCCACCAUCAAGAAGGGAGCCUACUUCUCUGUACUGGUGUCCAAAGGACUCAGGAUUGUAUCCAUCAACAUGAAUUACUGCAACAAUAUGAACUGGUGGCUGUUGCUUCAUGAGGUUGAUCCAGCCAACCAAUUACAAUGGCUUGUUGAUAUGUUACAAGAAGCUGAAGACAACAAUGAAAAGGUGCACAUUUUAGGUCAUAUACCUCCUGGAAGUAGUGACUGCCUAAAAGCAUGGAGCUGGAACUACUACAGGAUUAUUAAUCGUUACCAGGGUACAGUAACAGCUCAGUUCUUUGGUCAUACGCACAAUGAUGAAUGGCAGAUGUUUUUUGAUGAUGACACUAGAAAAAUACCAUCAAGUAUUGCCUUUAUUGGCCCUAGUGUAACACCAUACACCCAGCGUAAUCCAGGAUAUAGGAUAUACACAGUUGAUGGCGACUACUUUAACAGCUCAAGGGUUGUACUAGACCAUGAGACCUACAUUCUUAAUUUAACUGAGGCCAACAAAGGAAAUGUAAAAUGGCAGCUGGAAUACAAGGCUAAGGAAGCUUACAAGAUGUCAUCACUUUUGCCUUCUGAAUGGAAUGCUCUAGUAUACCGCAUGGCCAAUGAUAAUGCCCUGUUAGAUCUUGUUUACAAGCAUUUUUGGAAGUCCUCUCCUGAUAGUGUCCAUGGUGGCCCAUGUGACACAACUGAAUGUCGCCAUGAAUUUGUAUGUCGCUUGUUAGCAGGMAGAUCACAUGAUCCUGAGGUGUGCACCCUCAGAGGGUUAAAGAUUACCAAGUCCAGGCAGCAUUUGUCUCCUCUCAUGGAUGUUUGUUAA